AUGGUCCGUUACAACAGUCCGCUGGGGCAGGUGCUCAUCAUCAGCAGUGUGUGCUUUCUGUGUCCAGGCAUGUUCAACGCGUUGAACGGGCUAGGCGGUGCUGGGCAACUCGACACAAGCACAAGCAACAACGCAAACACAGCGCUAUACGCAACAUUCUGCGUGUUUAGCAUUCUGGGCGGCGGCAUAGUCAAUGUCUGCGGUGUUCGAUAUCCGACAGCAGCAGCCUGCCUCACAUAUGCAUUCUACACUGGUUCCUACGUGUUCUACAACCACACUGGCCACAGCUACUUAACCAUUGUUGCGGGCUGCGUGCUGGGCAUAGGUGCUGGCGUGCUGUGGGCUGCCCAGGGCGUGGUAAUGGUAGCGUAUCCUAUGGAACACGAAAAGGGACGCUUCAUUUCAAUAUUCUGGGUCAUUUUCAAUCUAGGCGGCCUGAUCGGCGGCCUGCUCCCAUUUGCAUUAAACUUUUACCAUUCGGGGUCGCUCACAGACGCAGUUUACCUUAUGUUUGUCAUGCUGGAGUGCUUUGGCGCGCUGAUGGCGCUGAUGCUAGCCCCGUCGACCGAGAUCAUUCGCAAUAAUGGCACGCGUGCAAGUGUAGUCGAUAGGCACAGCGUGCGACGCGAAUCAGUAGAGAUAAUACGUCUACUGGCCAACAAAUGGAUGCUGUUGCUGCUGCCCAUGUCGUUCACCUCAAACUUCUUUUACGGGUACCAGUUCUCACAGUACAAUGCUGCUAUUUUCACACUGCGCACGCGGUCUUUCAACAACUUGCUCUACUGGCUAUCCCAGAUCAUUGGGUCUUUUGUCCUGUCGCUGCUGCUGGAUGCCUCGCGGUGGCCGCGCCAGACACGGGGUCGCUACGCAGUCCUCAUAACCUCACUGGCAUUUAAUGCAGUGUGGGCGGCAACCUUGGUUGUCCAGUUGCGGUACACUCGGGGAAUGCCGGACACCGAUUACACAGGCGGCCCAGUAGACUUUCUACAAGGUAGUCGGGCAGUGGGCCCGAUCUUCUUGUACUUCUUCAUGGGAAUGGUUGACGCAUGGUACCAAAAUGUAGCAUACUGGGUAAUCGGGACGCUUACCAAUGACACCAAAAUCACCGCGCGAUAUAUUGGUUUUUACAAGGGCGUACAGUCGCUGGGCGCCGCGGUCUCUUGGCAGAUCGGUGCUCGUAAGGUGCCCUUUCUCAACCAAGUAAUCGGAAAUUGGAUACUGCUAUUGGCUUCAUUGCCCACCAUCACCUUUGAGAGCGACUUAAUUUCUCGCUCACUGGAACGACCGUGCUCAGCCCCUGUCAGCUCACAUCGUCACACGCAGCAUUUUUACCAUGGUAAAACGUAG